AUUGUCAUUAUCCCAUGGGAGGUGCUAAUGAAAACAAUCGUCUUUCACGGGCACACGAGCUAAUCCACAGAGAUCAAGAAGCACCCAGAAUUUUUUUUAAAAAAAAAUACAGAGAGCCCCCUAAAAAAGAGGAUUUCGGGAAUUGGUGCGUGGAAUCCAUCUUGAUUGUAACCCAUCAUCGGAAUCGUCGCCAGAAAGAAGAAGAAGAAGAAACAUCCAAAGUUUUUUUAUAUUCGAUCUGCUCGACGCAGCAAGGGGGCAAAAAGAGUGAUUUUUUUUCUUGAAGGGUUUGAAAUAUUUUCGGGUGUUGGAUCAUCAGCUACGAAAAGAACAGGGAAAAAGAAUGGCGAAUCUGUAUGUGAAGGCGGUGCCUCCGGCGGAUCUGAACAGGAAUACGGAGUGGUUCAUGUACCCAGGCGUGUGGACGACGUAUAUCCUCAUACUGUUCUUCGCAUGGCUUAUUUUUCUCUCCGUCUUCGGUUGCUCCCCUGGCAUGGCCUGGACUGUUGUCAAUCUCUCCCACUUCGCCGUAAUUUAUCACUUCUUCCAUUGGAAGAAAGGAACACCCUUUGCAGAAGACCAAGGAAUCUACAACAGGCUGACAUGGUGGGAGCAGAUGGACGGUGGAAAGCAGCUUACACGCAACCGCAAGUUUCUUACAGUAGUUCCUGUCGUGCUGUACUUGAUAGCAUCUCAUACAACAGACUACAAGCAUCCAUGGCUGUUCCUCAACACGCUUGCUGUCACUAUCCUUGUAAUAGCCAAGUUCCCUAACAUGCACAAGGUACGCAUCUUCGGCAUCAACGGUGAUAGGUGACCCAUUUGCCUCUCUUGUCUUGUCCACUGCUGGAUGUGUUUCUUCUCCGGCAAAAAACAACAGAUAGAAGGAAGGGCGAUGCUUAUAUAUAUAUAUAUAGAGAGAGAGAGAGAGAGAGAAGCUGUUUUAUGGUUUUUUGACAAAAGUGUUGGUUGGCUUACUGAGUGAAGAGAGUACAUGUUAUGUGCAGAAGUUGGUAUCUUUUGAAGCUUUGUCCGUAUUGUGCAGACCACGUACGCAAUGGAAGUUCUCAACCGGAA